AUGGCUAAUAUGUUGUUUGAUUUGGCAGGGCCAUUUUCGAAAACUGCAGUGAAUUUCAAUGCUGGUUGUAAAACACCCAUGGCUAAUGUGGUUAUGGCAAUUUGCAUGAUGCUGACCCUCCUGUUCUUGGCUCCUCUGUUUAGUUACACACCUCUUGUAGCUCUUUCUGCCAUUAUUAUGUCUGCAAUGCUUGGGCUGAUUGAGUAUGACAAGGCUUAUCACCUCUACAAGACUGACAAGUUCGAUUUCUGCAUUUGUAUGGUUGCAUUCUUCGGUGUUGCCUUCAUAAGCAUGGAUGUUGGCCUCAUGAUGUCGGUCGGACUUGCCCUACUCAGAGCACUGCUAUAUGUAGCCAGGCCUGCUACUUGCAAGCUUGCAAACAUACCGGAUUCGACAUUGUAUCGGGACAUCGAGCAGUAUCCUGGUUCAACAGGAAUUCCAGGGAUUCUUAUUCUACAACUAGGUUCCCCCAUAUACUUUGCAAAUUGCAGCUACAUCAGAGAAAGGAUUGUGAGAUGGGUCAGAGAUGAAAAGGCUAUUGCAGAUGCAAAAGGGAAUGAUAUUGAGUACAUAUUGCUGGAUUUUGGAGGUGUUACAGCGAUCGAUAUAACCGGUGUAGAAACCCUAUCUGAAGUCCAAAGAAACAUGGAAGCACAAGGGAUCAAGGUAAUUCUGAUAAACCCUAGGCUUAAGGUCAUGGAGAAGUUAAUCGUCACAAAAUUCAUUGACAAAAUUGGGAAGGAAUCAGUGUUCUUAUCAAUUGAAGAUGCAAUAGAGGCAUGCAGGUUUUCACUCAGAAUUUCAAAGGAAACUAAUGGGGGAGACUUUGUUGAUGCAUAAGGGGCAGACAGAUGAUAAAGGAACUAAGAAGUUAUAAAUCAAAUUGUAAAUCUGUUGAGGCAUUUUAGAUUGGUAUAAAAGGAUGAUCAAAUCAUCAAUCCAAAGGUCAAGUUCAUGUGAUGUGC